AUGGCCGACGAUCAAAUGAACUACAUUUCAAAUUUAUUUGUGAAAACACAGCAUCUGAAACUUACUACUUUGGUUAGGUUUCAACAUAAUCUGGAAUCAUCACAUAAAGUUAACAACUUGGAAAAGAAAUUUUUGGUAUGGACUGGCAAAUAUAAAAAUGUUGCAGAAGUACCACCUUAUGUUACUCAAAGUACAAUGGAGAGGUGUAGAAACAGAAUGAGAAUUAAAAUUGCAAAUUACAUGAUGGCUGCUACUGCUUUAGGUUGUGUUCUUAUGGUAUAUUUAGGAAAACGAGAUGCUAAAAGGGGAAUAACUUUAAGUCAGGAGAAUAAGGAUUGGCAUGCUAAAAUUAAAGCUGAACAUGAGGCCAAAAAGGAUAGUGCAUAAGUUAAAACUUUUUUAUUAUAUGAAAAAUAUAAUGAGUGGGCUGCUGAAAACAGUCCAUCCUCAUAUUUGACAAUAUUCAUAAGACUGUGAAAAUGCUGAAAUACAUAGAUUUUUGAAGAACCAGUAGUUUCAUCAUAAUUGUGAACAACCACCUCUUGGGUGAACCAAAAAUUUUUGACAUCUAAAUGUGAUAUGUGAUGGAAAAAAUUGGUUGGUAUAGAUACAUAGGCAUUUAAUUUUAUUUUUAAAAGUUGUAACACUCAAUAAAUUAUAUACCAUCAGAUGAAACAACCAUUUUGGACACCUAAAUGUAAUAUAUAUGAUGAGAAAGUUUGGACACAUUACAGAAACAUAGGCAGUGCAUUUAAUUUUUAAAAGAAAACUUAAUAACUCCAUUAAAUGGAGUUAGUAUGAAAAUAAAAAUCAUGCCUAAAUACACCAUCACAUUGCUUGCCUAAUACUGUGCAGCUUAUAGUAUAUUCUCAAUUUAAAAUUAAGGGGGUGUUGAACUGGAAGGGAGGUGGUGACAAAAAUAUCUCCUUUGGAAUAAAAAUCAACUGAUCAUUGCAACAAAAUCUAAUGAAUAUUUUCAAAUAUCAGGGUGAUCCACUCUAUAUGUUUCCUAGUAAGAAUUUCAAUAUCUAGUCUGUGCUCAGGGAUAUAUUAUUUUAACAACAUAUUGAGCUUAAUUUGUAUUACAUGUUAUGUUAUUUGUAUAUUCUAUUUUUCUUCUGAUUUAAAAAAAAAUCAUGUAUUAUGUAAUACUUAAUCUGAUUAUUAUUUAUUAAAUGCUAAAGAAUUUUCCAAUAAUAGGUUACAUAAGUACAAGGUUUUAAAGUUAAAUUUAAUUUUAUCAAAUAUGUUAAAUUUUAUGUUUGUCUUCAUGUAUUUAUUUAUUCUUUUGGUGCUAAGCAAAUGAAUUACUGAUUGUUAGACUUUUUUAUUCUGGCAUAAAAUGCGCUUUUAGAUAUUCCAUAUGAUAUAUGGCACAAAGAAUAUUUAAAACUCUGUAAUAUUUUUUGCAAGGCAAUUUUCAUGUAUAUAAUAUUUAGACUUAGUAAUUGUAUACAACUACUU